CACGUGGCACAGUGACACCGGAAGUAAACAUUGUUGAACAGGGGAACUUGACAAUUUUUUCGAGAAACAAAUAAACGACGUAGCUAACUCACCAUUCAUACCGUUUGUAGAAAUAAUAUUUAAUGUUAUCAGUUGGUCGUGGUGUAGCUAACGUUAUGUGCACAUCAAGAGUGCCUCAUCUUAUGCAGAACUUUUGCACACACGCAAGGUGAUUAUAUAAUAAUUAAUAUGUUUGUCCACUACAAUGGCUGGUCGGCUAACACGUUUUCGAACAAAAUGUUUGAAGGCGUCGUCAAUCAAAAAGCUGAAACCAACGAGCGACAAGCUGCCGACUGUCACCUCCUUGAGUCCGGAGCAGCUGAACAAAAUCGAGAAGAAUAAGCGUGCUGCGUUGGAGAAACUAGCUGCCCACAAUGCCCCAGAUGGAUUCGGGGAGAGCUGGCGGAAGGCGCUGAAGGCGGAGUUUGGCAAGCCUUAUUUUACAAGAUUGAUGGCCUUUGUGUCCGAUGAAAGAAAGAAACACACUAUCUAUCCACCGACUCCCCAAGUGUUUACAUGGACUCAGAUGUGCUCUGUCCGAGACGUGAAGGUGGUAAUCCUUGGCCAGGACCCGUACCACGGCCCUAACCAGGCCCACGGACUUUGCUUCAGUGUGCAGAAACCUGUCCCACCCCCUCCCAGCUUGGUGAAUAUGUACAAAGAACUAGCGACAGACAUAGAAGGGUUCCAGCACCCUGGACAUGGGGAUCUCACAGGAUGGGCUGAACAAGGUGUCCUGUUGCUCAAUGCUGUGCUGACAGUUCGGGCACAUCAAGCCAACUCUCACAAAGACAAGGGCUGGGAGGCCUUCACAGACGCAGUGGUCCACUGGCUCAAUGGGAACCUGAAUGGUGUGGUCUUCAUGCUCUGGGGCUCGUACGCUCAGAAGAAGGGCAUUGCUAUUGAUAGGAAACGGCACCACGUCCUGCAGACUGUACAUCCAUCACCAUUGUCUGCACAUCGUGGUUUCCUUGGAUGCAAACACUUUUCUAAGGCCAAUGAGAUGCUGAAGAAAUCGGGGAAACAGCCAAUCGAUUGGACGGCACUCUAAGAAAGUUCCAGAAAUUUCCAUAAGCUCUUUUGUUUUUUCCAAGUUAGCUGCAAAAAUUAAAAUUCAAUUAAUCAUAUAGUAUAUACAGCCAUUAAGGCUAGCUUCCUGGUGUGAUUUUGAAAAUGUUACUCAUUCAAUAUCUUUUUUUUUUUCUUUUUAGUUUAAUGUUUUCAAUAUGUAUUCAAUAUUUCCAUUGUUUUUUUGUUUUAAAACUACCUCAGUAUUGCAAACUAUCACAUGGAUCAUACUAUAAAAUGACAUGAUGUUUUUCAUUUGAAAUCUAAACUCAUAAACUCUAGAAUCCCUUGUUUUAUGUUAUGAAUCUCAAGCUGGCAGUACCACCGUGAGUUUCUAGACCGAGAAGCAAGCCAUUUUGUAAAUAUUUCUGUGUUUUAUACCGUUCAAAGCUAUGUUUGUAUUUUGAAUGUUUAAAUAAAUUUACAAUAAAACAA